GGGGGCCCGGGCGUCUCGGACCAGGCCUGCUGCGGGGUCGCCCCGAGCGUCCCGAGACCCCGGUCCUGGAGCCGGCCGGGCCUCCCGGCUUCGCGGCUGUCAGGGUUGUAAACAUUUCCGGCCCCUCCCACAGCGCGCCGCCUCCGAGGCGACCUCGGAAGCCACCAUAGGGCGGGUCGGCUGCCCGUCCUCCAGCUUUCUCCAGCGGCCGGCAGUUCUGCUGGGCUCUGUGUCUCCCCAGCCCCGCCGGCGGGCGAGACGUCUGGAUUCAGGCUCCGGCUUGGGACCGGCCAGGCCUGAGCUAAGGCUGGUCCCCAGGCCCCCGCGCGAGUGUCUGCCACCACAGGGGCUCUCUGCCCUGCCCCUCGGGCUGAGACAACCCAGCCUUUCCCCAAACCGAAGCUGCAGGGUAUUGAGGUACCAGCCAGAUGUCCUCUCACAAAGGACCCGUGGUGGCACAGGGCAGCGGGGCUCCCGCCAGUGACAGGGACACGGACACGGUGGAGCUGGCUGAACUGGGACCCCUGCUAACAGAGAAGGGCAAACGGGCCAUCGCCACCCCAACCAAACGGGUCCUGACACUUCCCCUGCAAGCCCACCAUGCCAUGGAGAAGAUGGAGGAGUUCGUGUACAAGGUCUGGGAAGGGCGCUGGAGGGUCAUCCCAUACGACGUGCUCCCGGACUGGCUGAAGGACAACGACUACCUGCUGCACGGCCACCGGCCACCCAUGCCGUCCUUCCGAGCUUGCUUCAAGAGCAUCUUCCGCAUCCACACAGAGACUGGCAACAUCUGGACCCAUCUGCUCGGUUUCGUGCUGUUUCUCUUUCUGGGGAUCUUGACCAUGCUGAGGCCGAACAUGUACUUCAUGGCCCCGCUGCAGGAGAAGGUGGUCUUCGGGAUGUUCUUCCUGGGAGCGGUGCUGUGCCUCAGCUUCUCCUGGCUCUUCCACACCGUCUACUGUCACUCGGAGAAAGUCUCGCGGACCUUUUCCAAGCUGGACUAUUCGGGGAUCGCUCUGCUGAUCAUGGGGAGCUUUGUGCCCUGGCUCUACUAUUCCUUCUACUGCUCCCCGCAGCCCCGGCUCAUCUACCUCUCCAUCGUCUGUGUCCUGGGCAUUUCCGCCAUCAUUGUGGCACAGUGGGACCGGUUUGCCACCCCCAAACACCGGCAGACGAGAGCAGGCGUGUUUCUGGGCCUGGGCUUGAGUGGCGUGGUGCCCACCAUGCACUUCACCAUCGCCGAGGGCUUCGUCAAGGCCACCACGGUGGGCCAGAUGGGCUGGUUCUUCCUCAUGGCUGUGAUGUACAUCACCGGAGCCGGUCUGUACGCCGCUCGAAUCCCCGAGCGCUUCUUCCCUGGAAAGUUCGACAUAUGGUUUCAGUCUCAUCAGAUUUUCCACGUCCUGGUGGUGGCAGCAGCCUUCGUCCACUUCUACGGGGUCUCCAACCUUCAGGAAUUCCGCUACGGCCUCGAAGGUGGCUGCACCGACGACUCCCUUCUCUGAGCCUGGCCACCUGACGGGCGAGGGACCUCCCAAGUGCUUUUAAGAAUAACUUCUUUGCUGCAGUGAGAGGGAGAGUCUGAGUUGUCUGUUUGCAGGAGAAACUCUUAGGGAUUCGGUCCAGCGAGCUCCAGCCUGCUGCCCCCUGGCAACAAGCCUUCCAUUUCCUGGCGGAGGAGGGCGGGUGGUUGACUCAGCUGUGCCCCUCCUUGCAGCCCCCUCCUCAGCAAGGCGACUGCGUCCCCUCACAGAGUACUUCGAAGCUCACGUUGAGAUUUUAUCCUCCUCCAACCAUUUUGGGAAAAAAAACGAUGGACUGGGACUCUUCGGAAAUUCUGUUUCUGGAAGGAAAUGUCCCUCCCUGACCCCCGUCCUUACUUUGUAACCUGGCUUAUAACAGGCCAUCCGUUUUUGUAGCACACUUUUCAAAAAGAAAAAAAAAAAAACCCGGUCCCAUCCUUCUAGAGCCUGGGCCUGCUCACACAGCAGGAAGAGUAGGGUCGCCAACUUCGAUGUAGCCCCGCGAAUCAUGGCAGUGUGUCCAGGCUCCGGAUAACUUGAGUUUUAAUUUUUUUUCUUGGCAGAGUAAUGUAAAAUUAAAAUGGGGAAAGAUAUUUAAUAUUUAAUACUAAGCUUUAAAAAGAAACCUGCUAUCAUUGCUAUGUAUCUUGAUGCAAAGACUAUGAUGAUAAUAAAAGAAAGUACAGAAGACAGUUAGCGUUCAGAGA